AUGGCUUCACCGUCAGCCAGCGCGGAAUCCAAUCUGGAUAUCGACUAUGUGCUCGUAUAUCGCUUCUCCCGAGAGGACAAGAACAAAGCAAUAUCGAAUUUCCAGAAUCUGAUCAGAGCAUUAGCCGAUGUUGGCCUCGAGACUGAGGUACGAAAUGGGGAAGACUCAACACUGCUAGUCUUUGUCAAGGCCGCCGAUGAGAAGAUAUUUAAUGAAGUUGUAUAUCGAUCAAGGGUUCGAGACUGGCUACAUGGAGCUCGUCAAGCCCAGCCAGAUAAAGGAACUGAGAAUGUGCUUACCAAAGAGCCCCUAGUGCCUGCUGAGCGCUUUAGACUAGUUUACGACAUGAUAACCUCAGAACCCAGUGAAGGUGGAGCCGGCAUUACGCCGAAGCAUGGAGUAUGGGAGAAUGUGGAAUCAAUAUUCCCCCUACACGAUGUGCGGUUGAACAAGGAGUGGAUGACAGAAUGGGCUCGCAAGACAUUUCUAUCGCCUCAAGAUAUCGACUCUGUCAGGGACAAUCUUGGUGAAAAGAUUGCUUACUAUUUUGCUUUCUUGCAAACUUAUUUCUACUUCCUGAUAUAUCUCGCCGCAUUUGGCUUCUCCUGUUGGGUUCUUCUAGGCUACUUCUCCAUGAUAUAUGCGGUGGUCAACUGCUUGUGGUGUGUGGUGUUCGUGGAAUGGUGGAAACGACAAGAAGCAGAUCUUGCUGUUCGUUGGGGAGUCAGAAAUGUAUCCGCCAUUCAGAAGGGACGACGCGACUUCCAGUACGAGAAGGAGUCCAAGGAUCCUAUCACUGGCGAGACUGUAAAAUGGUUCCCGGCAACACAGCGGCUACAACGGCAGCUCCUUCAGAUUCCAUUCGUGAUACUUGCGGCGAUUGCUCUUGGCACCUUGAUAUGCACCUGCUUCGGCAUCGAAAUCUUCAUCUCCGAAGUGUAUAACGGUCCACUCAAAUCUGUCCUCGUUUUUAUACCUACCGUUCUUCUUACAACUCUCAUUCCAACCAUCUCCACGUUCUUGACCGGUUUUGCGACACGACUGACAGAGUUUGAGAACUACGAAACAGAAGAUGCUUACGAGAAAGCGAUGACUUCUAAAGUCUUCGUCCUGAACUUUAUCACCUCCUAUCUUGGCAUUUUUCUGACUGCCUUCGUCUACGUUCCCUUUGCUUCCGUUCUCGUCCCGUACCUUGACAUCUUCAGCCUCACCGUCAAACCGUUUGCCGAGAACGAGAAGCAGAUGCAGACUCCACCAGCCUACAGUUUCACCAUCAAUCCUGAUCGGCUCCGCAAGCAAGUCAUCUACUUCACGGUGACCGCGCAAAUUGUCUCUUUCGCGCUGGAGACCGUCGUCCCACUCAUUACCCGCAAAGGCACCACGAAGUUCAAAGAGAUCCAAUCCUCCCGAGCUGAAGCAAAGGGCGGUGCUGCUCCGCCUCCCUCAGCAAACGACCCGCCAGAGGAGAAAGCCUUCCUGGCUCGAGUGCGCCACGAAGCCACCCUUGGCGACUACGACGUCACCUCCGACCUCCGGGAGAUGUGCAUCCAGUUCGGCUACCUCUCCCUCUUCUCUGCCGUCUGGCCUCUAGUCCCAUGUUCUUUCCUUAUAAACAACUGGAUCGAGCUCCGUAGCGACACGUUCAAAAUCACAUCCGAGUGCAAACGACCUAUUCCACAACGAGCCGACAGCAUUGGACCAUGGCUUGAUGCCCUCGGUUUCCUCACCUGGCUCGGCAGCAUCACCACCGCCGCGGUCGUGUACAUGUUUAGCAACGACGGAGUAGGACCCAGCGGCCGACCCAGCGACAUCAAGCUCUGGGCUCUCCUCCUCAGCGUUUUUGCCUCAGAACACAUCUACCUCCUCGUCCGGCUUGCCGUCCGCACAGUCAUUUCCAAAUUAGACAGCGAAAAUAUGCGCAAGGAGCGGGCAGAACGCUAUAUGGUUCGAAAGCGCUAUCUUGAAGAGACAGGAUUAAGCGUUGACAAGAUGACUCGCCAGAGCUUGAGGACGAGGAGCGUCUCCAGCGGUGGUGGGCUGACCAAGGACAUUACGCGCAAGAGUCUGGAGGACGAAGCGAGAGAGACUACGUUGAGGGAGAGUACGCCAGUCACGAGGUUCUGGGGGAGGCAGAAGGGAUGGGCGGAGGUGGAGCAGGUGGGAGUGAACUUGAUUGAGUUGAAAUUGGAGGGUAGUGCGGAGACGAAGAAGGGGAGAUAG